UAUUAACAUCUUUCCUUAAUUGUAGGCACAAUAUCUCUGAACAGUACACAUUAAGUACAGAAAAGUAAAUGAAAAGUAUUAUGCUCUUUUUCUAAAUAUGAUUUCUAAAUAGUAAAUAAACAUGUGUGGUCAUAUAAUUCUACUGUUGAAUAGUUUAAUGAAAUAAUUCAAUUACUUCUCAAAAGAGCGCAAAUUUAAAUUCGACGAUAAUUAUAGUUUAUGAGAAUUGUGCUAUAAAAUCAAAAUUAUAUAUAAUGAAACCAAAACAUUCAUUGACAACAUAACCUACCAAAACCUAACGUUUUUAUUUACAUUAAACAAUUUUCGGUUUUUAAGUAAUUUUUAAACGUAAAAGUGAGGAAAAUGAGAAAUUAAAUAAAUAUGCUUGACAGUCACAAGCUUAUUACUCUUGUUUCUCAUUGUCCUGCCCUGUGGAAUAGAAAUGACAAAAAGUACUCCGAUCAAGAGUUUAAAACAACCCUAUGGAGUAAAAUUGCAAUAGAAAUGAACACUACAGGGGCAAUAUGUAAAGACACAUUCAAAUCCUUAAUAGAGAAAUACUCACAAGAAAAAAACAAACACUACUCUAGUAACUUGGAAUUUCAAGAUUUCAUGCAGUUCUUGGAUUUGCAAAGAGAACUUAGUGAACCUGCAAAGAGAUCAAUGGUAUUCAAAGCAGAUCCUUACACUUUAGGGGAUGAUUAUGAAGAAGGUCCCAGCAGUGAAUCAGAAACAGGAAGCUAUAUGAGUCAAGAUUCAUCAGUUUACAAUUCAUUAGACUUUUCAAGGGCUCUUAUAAAAAUGGUACACAGUUCACCUGCACUAUGGGAUAGAUCAAACAAAGACCAUCAUGACAAAAUUGCAAAAGAUCAGCUAUGGCAAACAAUUGCAAGAAGUUUAAAGACUGAUGUAAGCAUGUGCACGCUGCGUUGGAAAGGGCUACGAGAGAAGUACAUUCGCCAAAAACAAAAAUAUAAUGAUGGACUAGGCAAAUGGGAGCUCCUAGAUGACAUGGCUUUUCUGGAUAGCGUUAUUUUAUACAGAAAACGACACUGGCAUCCAGAGGAAAACAAUAUGUUCACAUCAAACGAGAACAGCUGCCCCCCUUCCCAUCCGACGACUUCAGACUGUGAUUCAUCUGCCAUAGCAAACUUUUAUAAUAAUUCGAUUUUUCAUUCGCAAAACGUCCCAGUAAAUUUUGUCGCAAGACCCAACAUGCCCCCUGACAGUACUUUGGACAAUUCUUCUACAAAAAGGCAAUGCAUCAAUAAUGACAGCGAAAAUAAUGGAAGCCAAACAAUCAAACAAAAUAAGUUGUUGGUAAGAGACAAAGAGAUGCGAAGUCCCGAACAAAUAUUUGGGGAAUUGGUAGCAGCUAUGUUGGCUUGCAAACCCGAAAAAGACAAACACAUUGCCAUGACUGAGAUUAUGACGAUACUAGCCAGAUCUACAUCACAUACAACAUAAUUUUUUUGCUGUAGAAAAAAAUAUCUGCGCUUAUUUUGUCAAAAUUCUAAAAUAAAAAACAACAGCUUUUGCUCAUUUUAUAAAAAGAAAGCAAAUACUAAAUUAGUAAUUUUUACUAAAAUUAUCAUCUUUAUUACAUCACAGUGCCAGGGAUCUUUUUAGAUCAGAUACAACUAAGCAAAAAUGUUGAAAAUUGGGCAGCAAAACUGGUUGUUUUAUUUUAGCAUUGUAUAAUUUUUGUAAAUAGAUAAAUGAUACUUUCUUUUUUAUACCGAUGAGGCGACCUGUAGUCUUUUUUACAAUAAAGUAAAAUGUAUGUUUUUGUUA